AUGUCAAAGGAUUAUGACUGCUUCUACGCGUCUGUAUUCGAAAAUGAGAAUCCCGCUCUGAAAGCAGUACCUCUGGCUGUACAACAGAAACAAAUCAUCGUUACAUGCAAUUACGAAGCUAGACGCCGCGGUCUUAGUAAAUUGCAAUUAAUCAGUGAAGCCAAGAAAAUAUGUCCAGAUGUUGUUAUUGUCUUGGGAGAAGAGCUGGGCCGAUUCCGUGAUGCCUCCAAAUUACUAUACAAACAUUUGGAAAAGUUUAGUUGGUCAGGAAAGGUAGAAAGACUAGGAUUCGAUGAAGUGUUCAUGGACGUCACAGAUAUUGUCGACUACAACCAGAAACUCCUCAAUCCCAACGAUUUGAUCCAUUCAUUCCUGCAACUGGAUCGUAAUGAUCCUACUUUGGGGUUCACGUUCGAUGCGACGAGGAUUGCUGGACACGGUUACCCUGACUUGCAGCCGUGCGGCGAAGCCUCCCCUCAAUAUACGUUGAACUCGGCGACCCCGAUUACUGAUAUCGAGUUACUUACCCGCUUAAUUCUGGGUUCACAUCUUGCCCAACAUUUAAGAUUGAGCCUAGAGGAGGCCAAGGGCUACACUUCAACUGUUGGUAUAUGCACUAACAAGCUUCUGAGCAAAUUGGUAGGCAACCUUCACAAGCCAAAAGGACAGACAACUCUACUCCCACCCUAUGAGGUAUCGCCCAAUGAUGAUGGACUACAGAGCAAUAUCACAAUGUUCAUUGAUGGCCAUGAUAUUGGUAAAAUACCUGGCAUUGGGUUCAAAAUGUCUCAACGCAUUCGAAAUCACGUCCUAUCACGUCCAGCCGACUUUGAAAGUGGGCUAAUAUAUGGAGGUACUAAAGAAUCUGUUACUGUUCGUGACGUUCGUCUCUUCGCUGGCAUUGGCCCUGAUACACUCGAAAAACUUCUGGGAGGACCCGGAGCAGAAAGAGGCAUUGGAGGUAGGGUUUGGGCAUUGAUUAAUGGCCGCGAUGAUACAGAUGUAAAAGACGCCCGAAGAGUACCCUCUCAAAUAUCAAUAGAGGAUUCAUAUCUCAAGCUUGAUACAAUGCCUCAGUUAAUGAAAGAGCUUCGAAUGCUCGCGACAAGUCUAUUGAAUAGGAUGUAUCAAGACUUACUUGAAGACGACGAAGAAUCUGAUGCUCCAUCAAAACGAUGGAUUGCUUACCCUAAAACAAUCCGAUUAUCCACCAGGCCUCGUCCACCACUGAAUGCGGAUGGCACAGGAACACGAAGCUUCAAUAGGAUUUCAAGAUCUGGGCCUCUGCCAAACUUUGUCUUCAGUCUGAAAGAUGGUACAGAUAGCAUUGUCGAGCGACUAAUCCAAGAAGCAUUGGUUCCCAUGUUCCGGAAAUUACAUCCACAAAGGUCGGACUGGAAUUUGAGUUUAGUAAAUAUUGGAGUAACCAAUAUGAUUGAAGCAGCGAGGGAAGAUGGAUCUGGCGGCGGUAGAAACAUUGACCUUAUGUUCAAGCGACAAGAAGCCACUCUCAAAGAGUGGAAAGUUGAGGAUCGAGAUGUCCCACCUCACUUUGUUCUGAAUGAGAGUGAGAUUUCUGAACGUGAGCCUACUGAGACAGAGCACAUCUCCAUACCUACCAUGGGCUCUGAGGAUGUAGUCUACACCUCGCAGGAUACUGUAGGCGAACAAGAUCCGUGGGAUGAAGAUGAAGAUGAGAUAUAUAGUCGUGAGAUUUGUCACGUAUGUGGUGCGAUGAUGCCCGCAUUUGCCAUGCCAGCUCACGAACGAUUCCACAAUCUGGAGGAAUGA